CUUGCCGUGUAAAGUCAAGUUUGUCAUCUAAACAAAAUUAUAGAAUUUUAGUAUAGUUUCUUACAUUUUCAUUUGUUGAUUAUUAUGUACAAUCGUAGAGCUACCACUAGCAUCCUUGAAGAGGCGGUGAAAUUUGUUUACCAGUAUCCUCUGCUGCCGAUUCCACUGAUCGAUUAUGACUUUAUCUACAAUUUGGGCUGCAAGAAACCGCGGGAUGUGAGUCUGCCGUUGGUCCUGGAAGUGGAGACGGAGUACAAGUCCGAGGCCAGUGCUUCCGAGAAGCCAAAGAAGGUGGCCCGGCUCUCAUAUCACUCGAAAGCGAGCUCAACGAGUGAGGAGGAGACGGAACCGGAAGUGGAGAUCAAAUACCGCUGGAACUCGCCCCGUCUGAUGAUCCUCUGCGAAGAUGGGGAUAUCAACUGUGCCUUGCACUAUCUCAUUGAGUCCCUUCACGAUCCAUUUGCCUGCAAUGCAGUGGUCACUCUUUUCUUGCAGGAAUCCAUUCUAGAGGAGUUCGUGGAUCGAAUGAAGGAUCGCUUUGAGCCGCUAAACUCUGACAUCUUCGGACAUCCUGUUUACGUUAAAACACUGGAAAGACUGGAGCAACUGCAGGCUAAGACGAUAGUGGGAGAUCCCAAGACGGUGCCCGCGAAUGCGAGUCCCAUUCUGGUUUACGACCUGGGGCAUCGAUACUUGGCCGAUGGGCCCACCGGGGUCAUAACCCUCCACACUUUCAGAACCAUGAAGGAGGUCAUCGAACUGCAGGCCAAGGAACCACUUCCCUUCACCUCCGUCUGCAUUUGGAACGAGAAGCUGGGAGCUGCCUACGAACUGGUGGCCCGACUCAGUCCCUUGAUCUUCUUGCUCAACUGUUACUACGUGGAUCUGAGCCAAAUCAGCCUGUCAUUCGUAUGCAACUUUAACUCUGCCAAGAUCAUAGACGGCUACCACUACGAGUCGUUGACCUUCAAGGAAAAGCGUAAAAUCGUAGUGCACCCCGUUGGAACCAUCUGGGGAAAGGUGGCGCGUGAGGCGGCUCUCGUCCAGUACUGAUCCCUCACCCUAAGUUCAAGCCCUUCGUCUGGCAGCUAAUUUAAAUUACUAGUCAUUGAUCGGGGGCUCUGACUAAUUGACUUUCCGGCUGGGCAACUCAAUUACCAAUUUAAUUGCUCAAACAAGUCUGCCCGUCCUGGGAGCUUUGUUCUACAAUUUUCUGUGGAAAUUCAACAGGCCUCUUCCCCGGGGAUAAUCAAUGGAAAUUUCUAGUGACUUUGAGUUGUGAAAUUAAAAAUUCCUUCUGCGAAGUAAUUCACCUAACGUGCCAAUAA